AUGGAAACAAACGGUGGAGGCUGGACAGUGUUUCAAAGAAGACAAGACGCAAGUGUGGAUUUUUAUCGACUUUGGCAAGAGUAUAAAGAUGGAUUCGGUGAUUUGAAUGGAAAUUUCUGGAUUGGAUUGGAAAAAAUACAUCGUUUGACAAAAUCUGGUCAAAAUAUUCUUAGAGUCGAUUUGACAGAUUUUGCUAACGACACAGCCUACGCACAGUAUGAGAAUUUUGUUGUGGAUUCUGAAUCUGAAUUCUAUAAACUGAAAGUUGACACCUUUUCAGGUAAAUACGAUCCUCUAAGAAAUAAUUUAAUGCCGCAAUUUAACAAUUAUUGAAAUAAGUAUGCAUGAUAUGGAUCGUUAUAAGCCGAAAAUGGAGGACAGAAUUAUUCUGCAUAUCAUGUUCAAAUUGGAUUUAACAAUUGUUAUGUUAUUUAUUAAUAUAUGUAAAAGUUCACACGUAAAAUUUCUUCCAACUAUAAUGACGAGUCCAUUUGACCAGCCAUUUUCAAAAGGUUCGUGCCCCUUACUUCAAAACAUUUAUGGAAAACAGAAUGGUUUCUAUUUGGCCUGUUAUACAAUACUAUAGUUCCCAGAGAAAAUGUGGCAAAUACGGAAGCCAUGUAGUUUCCCCAUCAUUGUAGAAAGGGCAUGCACUGUCAUAGUGUGCGAUAGAAAAAGCUUUUUCGUAUCCCUAAGUUUUGAUUACAUUUUAGUUAUCCUCAGCCAUUCCUGUAUAUUUUGCGCAUACUAUGCGCAUAUUAUCUGGUAGAUUUUAAAAAGCAUUGCAUCUACCAGUUUUGGAGAGUCCACUAGCUGUCUCAUGUUUUACGCAUCACAUUCAAACCCCACCACCCUCCAAUAAUAAAUUAGCUUCCCACGCCUCUGGAGAAGAGAAUAAAAAACCAUGUGAAAAUAUUAGUAAGCUCAUUCAUUUACCGUUUCGUAACUUUCCUGUUUGCCUUAAAGUCGUUGCGAAAAACGUUUUAAAACAUUCAAACAAUUUUGUUGAAUACCUCCUCGUAAUACAUUUUAUUUUCGCUUUGUUGUUAAUUUGCGUAGAUAAGACAUUGCAUUGCAUUCGGGUUGAGUUGCAUAACAAGAGUUCCAUAAGUUUGUAUUAUACUUUGAUUAUAAUUUAUUACCUUGAUAGAGCUAGACUGCUUUCGUUGAAGAAACUGCAUGUAAGCUAAUAUUUUAGUAAUUCUAAUCAAGACUCUAAACAGGGUCAAUGCUGAGCGUAAAUAUAAUGAAAAAGAAAAUUUGGAUAAAAAUUUUGUAUAAAAUUUCUUUAAAAUGCUCACUUUACAUUUCACGAUGAAAAUUUAAAAGAGAUUUGUGUUUAACCCAUAUCUGUAAAUCAAUAUCAGCCUGCCUUCCGAUCAGCUGAUCAUGCUAUAAAAUUACAUAUAGAUUAAUGUUCUAUAAUUGCACCUAAUGCAUCGAUCCAUGUUUCUCGUAGGAUGGCCAUUUUUCUUAAAGAUACAAAUUACUUUAGUGCGUCAAAUAUAUUUUAAGGUAAUGCUGGUGAUUCGUUAAUUUAUCACAACGGAAUGAAGUUCUCCACCAAAGACCAAGACAACGAUCAUGCGUCAGUUAAUUGUGCUGUGGCGUGCAAAGGUAGUUGGUGGUAUAACAGCUGUAAGUACUCCAACCUCAACGGUCAGUACUUUACGACAGGUGAAGGUGAGACAUCAAACCCGGGGAUAUUAUGGCACUAUUGGAAAAGCGACGGGCGAUAUAUGAAAAAAACAGAGAUGAAAACACGAUCUAAACAAUUUUAG